AUGAGAGUAGGUACCCGCAAAAACCCUCAUGAAUCAGACCGCCCCCUGGAACCGCACCCCCUCCCCCCCUUCCUUCCUCCACACCCCUGCUCCACCCAUAGUAGUCCUUGCACUGUCCUGCAUACGGCAGCCAGUCCCCCCACCCCUCCAGUCCCCGCCACAUCCCCCCCACAGCAGCAGCCGGCAGGGCAGAGGGUGGUGCUGCAUUGGCUCACGGCGGCCACCAUAUCCACACCACCUCCCCCCCAACAGUCGCAGUCGCAGAGGGGAAGGCGACGAGGGAGGUUGGGGCGGCGGAUAGCAGGUGGGGCGGCGGGGAAGAGGAGGUGCGGCGGAGUGUUGCUGGUGCUGUUACUGGCGGUCGUGGGUGUCGCUGGCAUUGUCGCUGCUGGCGUUCCCGCCACGCCCUUUUCCCGUCCCUCUCCUCCCCCACAGCGACUGUGGCUGCACACGGGAACAGCCGCGAAAGCGGGUGACGAGAAGGGGCCACGACGGGGAAAGGGGAGGCGACGGGAGGUGACGGGGACGGUGGCAAGGACUGCAGGUGCUGCUGGCGCAGCUGUCGCAGUUGGCGCUGGUUUGCGUCACUGUCGCGGCUGGCGCUGGUCGGCGCCAAUGUCGCUGCUGGUGCUGGUCGUUGGCAGUUGGCGGCUGGUUCGACGGCGGAUCCGUUGGCUCGCAGGCUGGCGGGUCCUUCGGCGGGUGAUGCACAGGGGCGUGACUGGCGACGGGGUAGGUACGGGUGGGGACGGGGCACGUCGGGACCGCGAGCGUUGA